AUAUAUAUAUAUAUAUAUAUAUAUAUAUAUAUAUAUAUUAUCAUCUGUAGUGCUUUUAAAACAUUUUCAGCGCUUUGAUAGAUAGAUAGAUUUAUUUAUUUUGUUUUGUUUUUUUCAGUUCAGCUAAUGUUUUUAACAAUAUCACCAUUUGACCACGUUCUUGUUCCACGUCCAAAAAAGGGUCUGAAUAAAUAAAUAAAAAAUUGAUGAUCCAAGAGGAAGAUGAAGAAAAAUGAGAAGAAAAAGAAGGGGGGCGUGGCCGUUUUUUUUUUCCUGACAGUCGUAGUAGUAGGUAAGGUGUGAAUUUUAAGUGCUGUUGUUUUUUAUAUAUUUAGUAGUCAUGUUAGUUUUUUGUAAUUCAUGUGGAAGUAAAUAAUUGCAGUUUGACGUCUGGGUUACAAAUCAGUUGCGAUUGCCAUUUUACUCAUUAAGAAAGUAACGGUUACGUUAUUUCCUUGCUACCUACUAUCUAGCUAGCUUCAUCGCUAGCAGCGUGUUGCUAUCUUACAUGCAAAAUCCUUUGGGACCUUCCCUAAAUUAUCCUUUUAAUUUAUUAAUUAAAAUAAAUUCAGUUUGUUGCACAACAUAGUUCAAAUUGAUGGCAAAUAGUAAUUAGCCUAAAUUAUGACCAAGACUUGCAUAAUACCUAUACAUUGUCUGACUAAUCAGAUUCUCUGUCAUGAACUGCAAUUUCUGUCAUAUUGCCACAAAUAAUUUCAGCCUAAUGUAUCCCAAACUAAAUGUUUUCUCUUUAGAGAAAAGGGUUGUUUCAGCAUUAUACAAAUAAUAGUAUCAGUCACAACAGUUUUACAGCUAUCCAAAUUAUUUAAAUUCAGGGUAUCAAUUCAGCUAGGUAUAAUAUUUUAAAGAAUUAAAAAAGAUAAAAAAUGCAGUAAUGGCAAAAUCGGUUGACGUAAUACAGUUCAGGUUCAUUUGUUAUUGCCUAUUUUAGAUUAUAGCCACAAGUCAAGUCACCUUUAUUUAUAUAGUGCUUUUUACAAUACAGAUUGUUUCAAAUCAGCUUAAAAAACCCCCAUUCAUUUAGCUAUGGAGAAAACAGUGAUGUCAUCAUCCAGCUCACUUCAGUUCUCAUAUAAUGGUGUCAAUGCAGGCAGAUCAGUAAUAUUGUUGAAUAUUAAGUGUCCCCACUUCACAUGCAAAAGGACCAGUCCGUGCGGACUCUUACAGAGCCCUGGUUGUUUUGACUAAUCAUCUCAUCUGUUUGUUUUCAGGUUUUUCUACCCAUCCUUUAUCACUGAAAUAUUUUACAAAUCAAUCGGUUCUUUUAAGAGCCAGUUUCUUUUUCCUCCUCUCUCUUUCCCAUUUUGUAUUUAUUUGUGCUUUUACUUUAUACUUCAAUUAUUUCUAUUUAUUUAACAUCUACAAAUGGCAUCAGAGUCAUUAAAACAAUUUAAUGAAUGGCUGGAAGCAGCAAAAACCAUGGCUGAUGAGUUGGAAACCCAAAAAACUAAAAAGAAAAGGGGAAAAAAAGGGAACUGACGUCUCCAAUGUUUCCUGGAGGAAGAGAGACCAGCAUGGGAACAUCCUACCACAACGUGUUCGGAAGAAUCGUUCUGUUAAACCUGCCGGCACUAGGGAGCUCUCAGAGGUUGAGGAGGUGGAAAUGAAUGACAUUCCGCAAGAGGUUCCAAGUCUUGAUCAACAUCUUCAGAGGCUAAAAAACCUGCUAACUUCUGUCACUGUCUCUGCAUCAGUGGAAGUAGAAGAGACACCCACCAUGUCUGCAUGGACCAAAAGACAGUGUGUAUGCUUGCAAAUCUGUUCCUGUGGUCCAAACCAAGACUUCAAAAUUAUCCCAGGAAAGCAGACUGUAUUGGUGACUAUCAACGGUCCAUACAACCUGUGUCUGCCGUGUAUAAGCUGUCCACUUUGUUCUUCCAAAUGGACUUCUGGGAUUAGUGACUUACUUGAAUACAGAUACUGGCCAGCAACCAGCAGCUGCCAAAUGCUGUUCAAGUUUGAUCUGUUCACAUCAUUUGAACAGAUGAAAUUAGCCAGCCCAGCUUUAUCCCAACAAGCAUUUAUAAGGAUGCUUGAACAUCGAUCUCUUUGCACUGGUCAGACGGGUAGUAUUUGUGGUGAUACCUUCCACAGAGUCUUUCGGGAGUUUGCCUUCUGCAACUUUAAGAAAGAUCUGUGCCUGUUGGAGCCCUUUAAAUGCCCAGCAUGCACACCAGACAUGCUGGCUAUAUCUGCAGACGGUAAUAGGAAACAUUACUGGUUCAAGAAUUCAAAAGGUCCUCUUAUUUAACAGGACAGACGAACCAUCUCUUUUUGAUGGACUGUUCAUCGCACAAGAUGCCAAAGUAUCUGCCUUUGACCAAAUAAGAAGCCAGAUGUUAAGUAGGACAGGUCAUGAUGUCUGCGGACCGGCAACAUUCACAGCAGGCAGAGAAAUAUCCC